AUGGACAUGAGUCUGGACGCUGUGGUUGCUAUUGACGUCGCACAGGCUGCGCUCAAGUAUCUAUAUUUGACUUCGCAUGCUGGCGGUGAUGGCAAUCGAGCUGAGGCUUUGAACGAUCGAGUUGGCCCCUUUCAGGAUCUCGAAUAUGGCCCGUCAUGGCCGUUGAUUCCAAGAGUGAUCGAAACAUGGCGAGGCAUCGAAUCCUCUGCUAUAAAGAUGCGCACCGAGCAGCACAGCGACUUGUUUUUUCUCAACCAUACAUCAUUUGUCGAGAUGCAUCUUUCCUACAUCAUCGCAGCGCUGUUGCCCACAGCUUCCUGGGCGGUUCCUGCCACAUUUGAAUCACGUCAAAGCGAACCAGAAUGCAAGUACGACUACUUUACCCAAAAGGUCGACCAUUUCGGCAAGAAUGACAGCACCUUCCAACAGAAGUACAGUCUCAGCACCGAGUUCUACAAGCCGGGAGGACCUAUCUUCUACAUGCAGGGCGCCGAAGGCUCACCAUUGGGGUGUAUCGACACCACUGCUGCCAUUUCGUGGGCAGAAGAGGUCGGUGGUGCAGCUGUCGUGCUCGAGCACCGCUACUUUGGAGACAGCUUACCAUUCAAUGCUACCAAUCCUCGCGAACAGCUCGCCGAGUACCAAUAUCUGACUCUCGACAAUGUCCUGGAAGAUGUCACUUUCUUCCUCGACGACCUCAAGACCAAGCUGGAGGGCGCCACAGAUUCCAAGGUCAUCACCAAUGGUUGCUCCUACCCUGCCUGGCUGAUGACAAUCUACCAACAGACCAGAGCCGCGAAAGUCCACGCCACCAUCGCUCAGUCCACCUCGGUCGAAGGCCUCAUCACCGAGGUCGACCACACCUUCAAGUACGGCGUCAACAACUUGGCAAACAACAUCUACCGUGCGCAGAACUACGAAGCGUGGGAGAAGAUCAGUAACGGCUACCAAGCGCUCCACGACGCCGUCCAUGCUGCAGACUACGACAAGCUCAAAUCUGAUUUCGGACUAUGCGAGUUGCCGAACGAAGAAACAGCACUCAACAUAAGAAUCUAUCCGGGCUUCGUCCACCUCCUGGCAACGCAGUACAACUACAACACUACAGGUCUUCCGGUCAAAGACCCCCUAAACACAAUGAUCAACAUAGCCCUGGACGAGCAAGACCCCAUCAAGCUGCUCAACAGGACAGUAUGGACUUGGAUGGGACCCACAGGCACCAAAUGCCUCAACGUCACCGACCCACAGCAAGGUGCCUAUGCAGGGUCUGGUACCGGUCUGCAGUUCGGCUCAUUCAACUACCUCAACUGCGCCUUCUGCCCCGGCGUCUCCGGCGGCGACUAUCUCAAUACCACCAUGUUCCGCUUCAACUACGACUCCUACCACUACGUCGUCGACGGCUGCAAGGAGCGCUACAACAUCACAGUACCCAAAGGCGAAGACAUCCGUUCAAAGUACAACAUCACACGCGAGGAUCUUCAGAAGAGCAAACGCAUCCUCUGGACGGGUGGCGAGUUCGAUCCAGAGAACGCCAUGGGGCCCAGGUACCAAGGCGUCAACAGCCCGAUCUUCGACAUCAACGCAGACAGAGACGUGAGUCGGUAUCUGCAUGUGGAUGGGAUGGGACAUUGCGAGGACAAUCACGCGCCGAAGGACACGGAUAAGGAGACUGUCAAGGCGGCGAGGAAGAAGACGAUUGAGGUGAUUCGCUCGUGGCUGGAGGAGGAGCAGGAAUAA